AUCUUGCCAAUUCAGCUGUGACCUUUGGGGGCCAAUAUACCGUGCUUCUGAAUGGCCUGAGUGCAGCCGAGCGGGUAUCGUCUGGGACCGCGCAAGCAAUUCGCCUGAUCUGUGGAAGACGUGUCUGCAAUUGUAAAAUAAUUCGUGAUCGAGGUUCCUAUCCUUGAAAGGUGUGUGCUGGCGCGAACAAAGGGUAGAGGUUGGCCAAGAUCGAACGAGAUAGACGAUGCCUGCCCUGUUUUGUGUGCAGUGUAGAGAAGCAGAUGACUGACGUGUUCAGAAGGGAGUUGCAGCAGGUAUGGCGAAAAAGUGGACGAAUGUAUGCGCCCUACCUCGGCGAUUGCCAAGUACGGUAUUGCAGUUCGCGAGGCGAGGAUGCUACCUAUUUCGAUCACCUGGUCUUGUGGUGCUGGACUAGUUACGAGGUGCUUGACGAUGACGAUGGCGAUCUCGCUGCUGUGAGCGUCUGAAGGGAAUCGCGGAUGGCGAAAUGAAUGGGCAGGACUGGUAUUCACCUCGUCAAGUCUUGGUCUAGCGAUUGACUGCAAGGAUGAGCGGCACCGAAUUGAAGUCAAAUUCACUUUUGUGGUUCACAAUUACCGGUAGGUUGCAGGUCGACAGAAACGCUGCAUCGAGUCUGUAUGCAUAGCCGACCCAGCUAGCCAGUCAGGAUGUUCCCACUCGUGAUUCGUGAUAUUCACAAGGAUGCGCGCGCGCAAGUCGAAGUCCGAGUUAUUGUUGUGCUCGAUCGAGAUCUCCG